AUGAGGCUCAAGGUACUCUAUACAUUCGAUAAUGACAAUAAAACGAAUUGCUUGGCCCGAUGGCCCCAUCUCCUUGACAUACAAACCGCCGCCCUGGAUGAGAAAACUCAAAUUGGAGUGAUCGAGCUCAAAACCUGCAUUCAAGCCAUUGUUUCUGCUAGUCCGGAAUUGGUCGCCCAGCUGGGCCAGGAUUAUACCGUCUACGCUUAUGAUUAUUCCGAAUAUGAAACGCCACUCGUCGGACAGGGUAUGCUAUCGUGGGUUUUGGCGUCAUCGUCCCCAACUCCCAAUGCACCGGCACACCAGUCAAUGACAAUGGUAACGGGCCGUGUUUGCAAGAACGUGCUGGGCUUGUUUUCAAAGGGUGCUCAGGAAACGCUGGAGGUUAAACUGCGCUUGGUGCCUGUACCGACGGCAAUGCAAAGCGAGUACCUGCAGAGCAUGCAGAAAUACCGAGAACUAAGCAACGUUAUUCCGCACGAGUUCGAUGCCCAGACCUGGACGGACUUCAUACGGCAAAACCCUGACGUGAUGACGCCUACAUCCCAGGCCGCAGCCCAAGCACCAUCUCCGGCGGAUCAUUCUGCAAUUGAAAAAUUCCACCAGAUUCUCAGUGCAGGCUCCACACCCAGGGAAGCGGUGUCGAUGCCCACUAACCCUCCCUUCCGAUCCAUAUCGCCUGCACAGUCAAAUCUCAGCAUAGCAAGCAGAGUCCAGACCCCAGGGAGUCAGUUCCAGCCCCAACCCCAACAAGAACAGUUGCCAUCACGACCAUCACAUUUGGAACGGAGCCAGAGCGAUAUUAUCCGCCCUUCAUCUAGUGCUUCCAUGCGUGAUGCCGAUUUUAAUGCAUUUGCAAGGUCUGGUCGUAGGGAUUCGAUACAGUCCGGUUAUGGCAGCUGCGACGAAUCGGGUGAACAACAGCCACGGAAAAGAGCAAAAUUGUACCGAGCUGAAGCUCCUGGAAAGGCAGACCUAAAUAUCGAAAGGCAGCCAAGCUCUUUGAGAGUGGCUGCCAGCACAGCAGCUUCUGUUCGGAUCCAUCGCCCGACGCCAAUCAACCCUCUCAUUUCUGCAGCUCAGAAUUCAGGCGAAGAGCCGGUCCGGCCCCCUACUCCCAUUUCCGGCAUGAACAGUUUACCCCGCCGUGCACGCCCUCUUCCAAGCCUUCUUCGAGAAUCAUCAAUCCAGAGCAGCACUCAAUAUACCUCGCCGUAUCCCAUGAGCGAUGAUCAUCCAUCGGUAGAACCGACUGCAACAUCUCCAGAGGAGUCCCGGUACCAGGGCCUAUUUGAGCCAUCCUUCAGUAUGCCGUCUUCUCCACCGGUUUUGGAUUACGGGUUUCCCACUAGGUCUAGCCCAGUUCUUCCGCCCAUGGCCGCUGAUCUGGAUUCUGGUUUCAUGAGCGGUGGUAUUGAUGAACUAUUGGAUGAUGAGCUCGGCCCUCCACUUGACGGCAGUGCAAGGCCAGCAUCGAAAAACACGACUCGAUCAAAGCGAACUGUUCGCUCGGCCGCUCAAGCCAGCUCCCCUGCCAAUGCCAUUGAAAUACCCGAUACCCAACCCACGAAUGUUUCUGCCAGCGAGGGGGUUCCAGACCGGCAGUCUCAGCUACAGAACCAAGCUGAGAUUCUUCCUGUAAGUGGGGUGCACGCUGAGCAACAGAAACAACAGCAGCAGGCCACGGAAGUUACGGCUGCGCCUCCUCGCACUUCUCAAAUAGCCUCACGGCCCUCUUCACGACCUUCUUCGCGCGCUAGCGUGCGACAAACACACAAGCCACUAGCUCCGGCUCCCAUCUCCCAGAGUGAACUGGAGCAACUUCUUAGCGCAAUUCCCGCCAGCGACCCAAUCGCUGGACAAUGGCCAGCACCCUCCAGCGAUAUUGGCACCGCUGAGACUCCAGGUCCGCAACUCACGAGCGAAGAUGGCAAGCUUCGCAGCGGGGCAGGAGCCAGACGGAUGAAGCAGGUUAAGCAAGUUCAGGCACGUCUCGAGAAGUGUAUCCGGGACGGACAAGUUCCGCCAUACUGUGAGAACUGUGGCGCCAUCGAGACACCUACUUGGCGUAGAGCGCACUCCAAGGAAAUCAAGGGCAGCGAAGAUGAAGCAAAUGAACUUGCCAAGGACCCACUGGUGUUUUUCUGGCGAACAGUCGAUAAAGAUGAACAGGAAAAAGUCACCAAGUUCAAGAUCUACAAGAAAAGCCUGGUGGACGCAGACAAGGAUUUUGCUCAAGUCUUGCUCUGCAACCCUUGUGGUCUUUGGCUUCAUAAGUUUAGGUUUAUGCGCCCUGAACACAAAUGGAACAAAACUAGUUAUAACAAGAAGAAGCGCCCCCCGAGAAACCGGAGGGGAGGUGGCCCACUCUCGACCGACAACCGCAACCGAAGUGAGUCGUCCAAACCGGACGCAUCAUCACCUGGAAUUUCAGACGCAUCGUCACCAGCAGCUGACGAUGACGCCACCCCCUAUCCCGACAACGACGCCAACAAGACCGGCGAAGACGAUCAGGACAAGAAUGAUGACGCUCAAGAGCGACCAGCAAAGCGCCGUCGCGCAAAUAGCGCGGAGCCCCGGAAGUCAUCUGAUAUGGCAGGAAGCCGCUGGCAAGAGAAAGAUGCAGCAGAAGCGCUUCAACGGGCUAUUCAAUCUAGCCCGGCUAGAAAUCUUGCAGUUCGCAAUGCUUCAGCCCCGGGUGAGAACAACCUUACACCCAAGUCAGUGAGGAGAGUCUUGUUUCCUAAUUCACAGAACGAGGGGGGUCCUUUGAAAGCAUUAGGCCAGUCAGUAUUAAACAGCCCUAAGCGAAGCUCGCGAAUCUCCAACUCCCAGGAAUCAAAUAAAGAAUCCGGCGAGAAAGAAAACCAGGCUGCAACUGGUCUGGACCGGCUUUUCGAGAGUCCCUCGUUCGAACUGGACAUGUGUGUCAGCCCUACCCCCAAGCGUCGAAACCAACGCCUGAAUGUUGGGGACAAGCGGCACUCGCUUCCGUCUAUCUCACCGGCUGCCAAGUCUCGAAGAGACGGGGCUCCGGAUACCACCCCAACUCGCCACUCUACACGUCGGCUCCAACGUGUUCAGAGCAGCCCGGGAUCUGCGUCUCGCCAGAGUCGAACACCUGGGCGCUCUCGUUCCAAUUUCCCCGACCUUCCCGAUUUGUCUGAUGAUAUCUUUGGGACAGCGGCCUUCCAAGGAAUGGACGACAUGAUUGUUGAUAUUUUCUCGGAUGAUGCUGCCCUCCACACAGACUCAUUAUUUGGGCUUGACUCUAGGAACUCGACGCAUAACAACUGGAAUGAUUGGCUCCCGUCAGACUGCAAUUCCCCAUCCAGAUCAGAUGGAAAUCAGAAUAACGAAAAUUCGACGGACAUUAUAAAUGCGCUCCUGUCCGAUCCCGAUCUUCAGAAGGGCAUGUUUGAAUAUUCCGAGCCAGGCGGCGUUGACUCGGGUUUCUUUAGCUCCGAUGCUCUUCAGGCUGAAAGGAUGAUCGUUGACGACAAAAAUGAUACGCCGGCAAACCAAACCUCCCCCAAUUCGGAACAAGUUUAG